CUUUAGAAAUGGUCCACAUCAAAAAAAAAAAAAUAUUUUUCUAUAAAAAGACUCAAAUCCACGUCCGGGAAACUCAGUAUUCCUAAAAUAAUCUUACCCUGAUGGCUGAAGAUAGACUCCAUUCUUGUUUUCCUUAUUUGAAGGAGAGUCUAUAACUGCUGUUUCUCAAAGUCGAGAGCUUUGGGCCCCUCUGCUACACCAGUGCGAGCUUGCCUCUGUUCUAGGAAUCCUUCAGCCCCUUGGGUCAUGUUUUUCUACUGAAUGGCAGUCCCUUCCUUCUGAGCCGCACACCCAAGGUCUGAGAUGCCAUCCAGGGGGCUGGGUGCUUUAGCCUUUAAGCCCUCAUCUCUUAAACACUCAGCGUUCUUCACUCGCCUUCCUCUUCAUCUCACCCCCGGCGGGACUGAGAACCGGACACCUGGUCCGUGGACUUCUGGUCCCACCGUGAGGUGGAACUACUUGUCCUGCAUCCUGUUUGGAGGGAUUCCGAGGUCAGACACUCUUCAAGCUCCCUCUAAUGCAGGAUUCUAAGGCUCCGUGGGUUUGAAGAAAGCAGCUUACAGGGACGAGGCUCUUCCUGAAGGAUCUGUGUGUGUUGUUCAAAACACAAUCAGAAAGAUGCCACUGCCGUGACCCUUAAAGACAAAUGAUGGGAGAGGGGCUGCAAUUCUGGAAAGACAGCUCAGAGACAAGUGGUAGCUGAUGGCACCCAGGGGCCCAGAAACCUAAGUCCCUGCAGGGAGCCAGCCGACCAGAGCCCUGGACACGAGAGGCCGAGGUCUCUGUGCCGAGUCCCAGGCUGGCAUCCUUAACCUCCGGGGCCCUGAAGAAGGAAGGAGUGCUGAGAGGUGCGGUUAACGUCAUGCCCGGGCCAGAAUGUAAACUGAGCGCUGAAACCGGAGCUCCCUGUGUCACCGAUGACAGCUCCAGCUGCCUGGUCCCCGUGUUCGUGUACGGGACGCUGAAGACGGGCCAGCCCAACCACCAGGUCCUGCUGGACGGCGCCCACGGGCGCGCGGCCUUCCAGGGCCGGGCCUGCACGCUGGAGCCCUACCCGCUGGUGAUCGCAGGUGAGCACAACAUCCCACGGCUGCUGAAUCUGCCAGGCCGCGGGCACCGCGUGGCCGGCGAGGUCUACCAGGUGGACGAGCGGAUGCUGCGCUUCCUGGACGAGUUCGAGGGCUGCCCCGACAUGUACCAGCGCACCCGCCUGCACGUGGCCAUGGAGGGCGCGCGCGCGCCCCUGGAGUGCUUCGUCUACACCACGGCCACCUACCCGCCCGAGUGGGUCCACCUGCCGUACCUCGACGACUACGACUCACAGGGGAAGCAUGGGCUCCGCUACAACCCGCGGGAAAACAGAUGAGCCCCGCGGGCAAGGGAGGCCGGGACCAGCCCCGAGGGGCCGCGCUCGCUGAACGAGGGCGCCGUAAAGCCCCUGGAAACCGGUACUUGAAACAAAUACUCUUAUCUGUCAGGGGGUGGGCGGGGAAGAACACCUCUUUUUCAGUGGUAGCCGAUUUCCCGAAUAAUUUGGAGGGACUGAUAACAAGACUGUUUCUGAAAUCUGUCUCACUAUGCUGCUUUCUUGCUUGCUGCUUAAAGAGCAUCUUGGGUUUGAAUGUACCGGAUGAGAAAAACUCAGGACUUUAAUUCCCCUAAAUGACAUUUGAAAACUCAUGCUAUCAUGCUUUUCUGAUUAUGCUAUGUGUUUUUUUUUUUUUUGCUUUGCUUUAAUCUGAAGAUAACAUUUAAAAUGAAAAUCAAGUCUGUGUGACAGCUAGAUUUUAACAGCCCUGCUGUAUUGAUUCUGACCUGUAGCACUGAGAAAAGAAAAAAUUUUAAAGCUGAUUUUAGACAUCUCAAUGUAAUAAAAGAACCUCAAGAAACACA